AAUGUUCUAUAGUUGAAAGAUUUAGGCACACGGCGUUUUUUGCUAUCUAUAACUUUAUUAAAAAUAAACGAUUAGCACGAAAGACUUUUCGGGGCGAAAGCGUAUAUAAAUGCGCCGCUGAUAAAUUCUCGUUUAUUCCAAAGUUUGAAAAAUUUGCAAAAGAUUUCACAAAAAGUAUAGUCAGCAUGUCAAUUGGUUAUAAAUGUGAUCUUUGUCGUCGCCAAGGGAAGAAGUGCUAUCAUGAUGAAGGAACUCUAGGAAAAUAUAAAUGUAAAAAAUGCGCGAGCAAAAAAGUAGAUUGUUUAGUUCAAUGUAUUGGAUGUUAUAAAAACAAUCUUCCGUUUUCCGAAGAGUGCAAGAACUGUAAAGUGGUUAUUGACGUCCAACCUAUUAGAGCUAAUUUUACUGUGGAAAAUGGCCGAAUAUAUGUUCAGACAAGUAAUGGAACCAAGGCGGAAGUGGAACAAGAAAAUCUUGAGGCUCUUCUAAAAUUAUUGCCGAAUAAAGAUAAUAUUCCCAAUUCUACCAUAAGAUAUGAUUGCUUAUCUCAACCUUCUGUGUCGACUGUCAUCGAUCCUGUUCCCACCAAUCCAGUUCCCGAUCGAAAUUAUUCUAACGCUGUAAACUUCUACGAACGUUCCGUUGCUUUUUCUGAUCCGACUCAAUAUUUAUCAACUGUCCAACUCUAUGAAUCUCCUGGCGAGAACUAUGUCCGUGACUUCUUUUUAAAUGAAUUUCCUGAUGAUAAUUCCGUUCUUUAUUCGCCUUUUUUUUAUGAAUUUCCUG